CUGGCCUUUUUGGUUCGAUUUAUCGACAUAAAAUCGUGAGUACGUUUCGUUUACGUGUCCCGAGAUGUGCAGGCGCCUCCUCAGCGACCACACACUCACUUCUUCUGCCAUAUUGGCACCGACAGUAAACCGCUUUGACUGAGUCAGCUGGAGUCGGCAGCUGAGAUGAUCCACAGCCUGUUCCUGAUUAAUCACUCGGGGGACAUCUUCCUGGAGAAACACUGGAAGAGUGUCAUCGGCCGCAGCGUGUGCGAUUACUUCUUCGAGGCCAAGGAGAAGGCGGUGCAGCCGGAGAAUGUGCCCCCCGUGCUGCAGACGCCCCACCACUACCUCAUCAGCGUCUACAGGGACAAGCUCUUCUUCCUGUCCGUCGUGCAGACCGAGGUGCCGCCGCUGUUCGUCAUCGAGUUCCUGCACCGGGUGGCGGACACGGUCCAGGACUACUUUGGAGAAUGCUCAGAAGGCGUCAUCAAGGACAACGUGGUAACGGUGUACGAGCUGCUGGAGGAGAUGCUGGACAACGGCUUCCCGCUAGCAACAGAGUCCAACGUACUCAAGGAGAUGAUCAGGCCUCCCACCAUCCUGCGAUCAGUCGUCAAUACGCUCACAGGAGGUAGCAAUGUUGGAGAUACGUUGCCGACAGGCCAAUUGUCCAGUAUCCCGUGGAGGCGGGCUGGUGUCAAAUACACCAAUAAUGAGGCGUAUUUCGAUGUGAUUGAGGAAAUAGACGCCAUUCUGGACAAAUCGGGUACAACAGUAUUUGCAGAGAUCCAGGGUGUAAUCGAAGCCUGCGUGAGGCUCACUGGGAUGCCUGACCUGACUCUAUCCUUCAUGAAUCCCCGUCUUCUGGAUGACAUGAGUUUCCAUCCUUGUGUGCGGUUCAAACGCUGGGAGUCAGAGCGCAUCCUUUCUUUCAUCCCACCAGAUGGGAACUUCACUCUCAUGACCUAUCAUGUCAGCUCUCAAAAUGUCGUAGCCCUUCCGGUGUACGUGAAGCAGAACAUCAGUUUCCUUGAGACGGGAUCCUGCGGUCGCCUGGACAUCACCAUCGGACCCAAGCAGACUAUGGGGAAGACGGUGGAGGGAUUGACGGUCACCGUGCACAUGCCUAAAACCGUGCUCAGCGCCAACCUCACAGCCACACAGGGAAACUACACCUACAACCUCGCUACCAAGGUUCUGGUUUGGGACAUUGGAAAACUGAAUCCCCAGAAGCUUCCUAACCUGCGAGGCAGUCUGAGUUUGCAGGCGGGAGCCCCCAGACCCGAGGAGAACCCUGCACUUGACAUCACCCUGAAGAUACAGCAGCUGGCAAUAUCAGGUCUCAAGGUGAGUCGCCUGGACAUGUACGGGGAGAAGUACAAGCCGUUUAAAGGCGUCAAGUAUUUGACGAAAGCGGGGAAAUUCCAAGUGCGGACCUGAGUAAUGACAGUCCAUUGAGGCCAAAGGUCAACAGUCCAAUGUGCCAAAUAGGAGGCGGUGUCACCCACACCGCAUGGUCAUCUCUCCAAUAAGUCUCACAUAUACUCCAGGUCAUCGUUAUUAAUGCACAAUUUUUUGCAAUCUAACAGUUAUUUAUGACUUGUCUGGCAUUACAUAGAUGUGACUGGAGGGUGUUUGUGCCCUGUGAAGGGAUGCCUUACCUUUUGAAGUUGAAGUGCUAUUAGUUUCUCUCCUGUUUAAAUGUACUUCAUUGUAUGAACCAUUCCUCUUUAAUUUUCUGGACUAUCUUUUGAAUAUUAUUCUCUUUUUUUUGUGUUUAACACUUUCUAAGUGUUGCCUUAGGGGGAAUAUUUUGGUUUGAAAAAGGGACACUCAGCUCACUGCCUCACUCCCCACUACAUCAACACACCUACUGUUUACAAUCCUACGUGCAUGUUACUUGAUAGGUAAAUGGCCUUGCAUUUGAAAACCAUCUUGCAUAUCUAAUGUAGCUCCAGUGUGUCUUUGGUGCAGAAAUUUUCGCACACAAUCUCUCUUUAACGUGGCCUUGUAAGAGUAGGUCAAAGCACAAACUGAACGUUUCCACGCCCUAAGAGAGCAUAUCCUAAAUAUAUCUUAUAUCUAAAGUACAAAAUUAGACUUGGGGAUCACAACUAUCUGCAGGCCCUAGAAACGAGCCAGGCGGUCUCUUGGGAGCAGUUGUGUUAAAAGCGCCAGACAUCUACAAAACAUCCUCACGACCUUGAAGGCAACCUCUUAACUCAGCACAGCAUUUGCACAAUCAAUUGUCCAUGUGGAAAAAAAUACUACUUAAAUCUCUUGUAAGAAGUUGAAUUUGUAUUUUAGUGUACUAUAUAAGAUGUCUUAUAAAAGCUUUACAACAA